CCUCCCAGCAUGCCGCGGCGGGCGGAUGAUUUCCGGCCGUCGGAGAGUCAUGUCCGGGAGCCGGGCCUAGCCGCUCAGUGCGAGCAGAGCCUGAGGCAGGAGCGGGGAGAGAGAGCGAGGCCGGCGGGAGGUACUUCCUGCUCUUCCCAGAACUCGAUGACAACGGUCGAUCAAAUGCUCCUGAGCUGGUCCCAGUGAAGAUUCCGCGCAGUAUUUGAGGGGGACCCGUUGCUGAGGAUCCCGUGGCUGGGGUUGGGGCAGGAGCCUCCCCUGCAUCUGCAGCUGAAUCCCUGGUUUUUCCUUGGCACAUUUCGGUCCCAACAUGAAUGAAGUGUCCGUUGUGAAGGAGGGCUGGCUUCAUAAACGAGGUGAAUAUAUUAAAACAUGGAGACCCAGGUAUUUCCUGUUGAAAUCGGACGGUUCUUUUAUCGGCUACAAGGAAAAGCCUGAGAGCCCAGAUCACGGUUUGCCACCUCUAAACAACUUCUCCGUAGCAGAAUGCCAACUAAUGAAGACCGAGAGGCCACGGCCCAACACGUUUAUCAUUCGGUGUUUGCAGUGGACGACGGUGAUCGAGAGGACUUUUCACGUCGACACGCCGGAUGAAAGAGAGGAGUGGACACGAGCCAUUCAGACGGUUGCCAAUAGCUUAAAGCACCUGGAGCCGGGAGAUGACCCGAUGGAUGACAAAGGUGGUUCCCCCAGUGACAGCUCGGGAAUGGAAGACAUGGAAGUGUCGAUGUUGAAGUCGAGGAAUAAAGUGAGAAUGAAGGAUUUUGAUAUUGAAAGUUGGAUGGGGAGGGCACCUGGCAAAGUUAUUCUGAAAGAAAAGGCCACAGGUUAUUAUGCCAUGAAGGCCGGAAAGGUCAUUAUCGCUAAAGAUGAAGUCGCCCACACUGUUACAGAGAGCAGAGUUUUACAGAACACAAGACAUCCGUUUUUAACAACGCUGAAAUAUGCCUUUCAGACCAACGACCGGUUAUGUUUUGUCAUGGAGUAUGCAAACGGUGGCGAGCUCUUCUUCCACCUCUCACGAGAGCGGGUUUUCACCGAGGAUCGCGCUCGGUUCUACGGGGCCGAGAUCGUGUCUGCCCUGGAUUACCUCCACGACAAGAACGUGGUCUACCGAGAUCUGAAGCUGGAAAACCUCAUGUUGGAUAAAGAUGGCCAUAUCAAGAUCACGGACUUUGGUCUCUGUAAGGAGGGGAUCACGGACGGAGCCACCAUGAAGACCUUCUGUGGAACCCCAGAGUACCUGGCUCCUGAGGUGCUGGAGGAUAAUGACUAUGGGCGGGCUGUGGACUGGUGGGGCCUUGGAGUGGUGAUGUACGAGAUGAUGUGUGGCCGGCUGCCCUUCUACAACCAGGACCACGAGAAGCUCUUCGAGCUCAUCCUCAUGGAAGAGAUUCGGUUUCCACGCACCCUGACCCCAGAGGCCAAAUCGCUCCUCUCGGGACUCCUAAAGAAAGACCCCAAACUAAGGUUGGGGGGUGGACCAGAGGAUGCGAAAGAAGUAAUGCACCACAAGUUUUUUGUUCCUGUCAGCUGGCAGGAUGUCGUGGAGAAGCUGCUUGUGCCACCUUUCAAGCCCCAGGUGUCCUCCGAGACUGACACGCGAUAUUUCGACGACGAGUUCACAGCAGAGACGAUAACAGUCACCCCCCCAGACAAAUUCGACAGCCUUGACCUGAUGGAGAGUGAUCAGAAAGCCCACUUUCCCCAAUUCUCCUACUCGGCGAGUGUACGAGAAUAACGCCCGCAAGCAGUACCAAAAAAAUCAAACCGCCACCUCCUCCUCCUCCUCCUCUCGUCAUCCGGAGAAGGCAAUUCUACAAGAUCCCAAAACUCCAGCUUUUCCAACAUCGGUCUCCAGCUGCCAGCUCGGAGUCCCAGGAAUGCAGACGUUGAGUGGAAGCAUCCUAGCAGUACACUUAUUCUAGCAAUUGUUUUUAUAUAUGUGUGUGCGUGCGUGUGUGUGUGUGUGUAUAUAUAUAAAAAAACAUGCUCGCAGUGAAUCUUCCACUGCUGUAAAAGCCACGGUUUGGGAAGGUUUGUGCAUAUUUUAACGAGCAUCUGUACAGCGAGGGUCUUGCCUCUAGUGGGCCCUGGCUCACUCCUGUGCUACUGAGUUGCAUCGUAUCACCAGUCAAACCUUUCAUCUUUUUAACAAAAAAACGGAUUACUUCUCUAUUUUGUUCCUUGGAACGCACAUGUGAAAACUCAU